UUGCCGGAGGAAGAUCACGUCUUCAUCUGAUUGACCUUGGUACGUCCUCCAGAUCCAAAGACCCAAGCAAUGUGUCCCUCAGCCUCUCUGCUCUCGGCAACGUCAUCAUGGCCUUGCUUAAUGGUCAGCGGCAUGUGCCCCACAGAGAUAGCAAGAUUGCACAGUUAUUGAGAGACUCACUGGGCAACCUGUCCUGCAGAACCUGCAUGAUCGCUCACGUAUCCUCGGCAGUACCCCACUACAACGAAACUCUACAGGUCAUACAGUUGGCAGCACGAAUUCACAGAAUGAAGCGAAGGAGAACAAAGUUUUCCAGUACAAGUUCAGAAGACAGCUCUACAGAUGGGGAUGUCAAGUUCAGACGUCCCUACCGUGGCUUGAGGAUGGGUACUCUAAGAGAAGAUAUCCUGUACACGUCAUCUCACUCUGAUCCAGACUAUACUUCCAGCAGUGAGCAGUCAUGUGACACAGUUAUUUACAUUGGAGCCAAUGGACAGUCAUUGAGUGACAGGGAACUGACUGACAACGAAGGCCCACCGAGGCAUGUGCCCAGAACUAACCCACGUCUUCCUAGAAGACCUAGUGGUUCAAGAUCUUCAGGAGAUGAUUCCGAUAGUGGUAGGAGCAUGCAUUCUGUCAGAAGUCUAGACUCCAGGUUCUCAGGACAGCCUUUGAUGUCACAUGUUGGUUCUGUAGCACUUCCGAAACUAAGCCACCCAUUGUCAGUACCAGGUUCUCCAAAUCCUGGCCUUGUGAAAAUGGGACACAUUGUGGGUGUUUUUGGGAAAAGUUCAGCUGCAUCAGAUGGUCAGGCAGCUGAGAGUGUUGGAAAUACUAGUUCAGAACAGUGGCAGGAUAAGCCAGCUAAAGUCCAUUCCCAUUCACUGCAGAGUAAAAUGGCCAAAGUAGUUCAUGAAAAGCAACGUCCCUUAGAUGGAGAACUGUGGAUUGAUGGACCUGGGGCAUCUGUUUCUUCUGAAGCCAAAGCAAGUGAGUUGUGGGUGGAUGGACCACAGGCUUUUGUUGUUCACCAACAGCCACAGUCACUUACUUCAUCAUCAUCAUCCUUACGAGAUGGACAUCAGCAACAGCCUCAUCACCACUUAGAGUCAUUCUCAAGAAAUGGGCCAACAAAGAAGGUUGACGCUGAAGAGCAGUGGGUUGAUGGCCCAAAGGAAAUGUUGGUAGGGAGCAGUCAGUCUCAGCCAAUGCACACUUAUAGCAAGGGUGAGCAUUCUAGAUCAUCCAGUCAACCAAGAACAUGUUUGCCAAACAAACUCAGUGAAAAGGCUUUGAAACAAGCUCUAGUCAAACACAUGGAGUCUGUCACUAGACAUGAAAGUGAUGUUUCAAACAAUGACUACUCAUUUCUGCAGGAAACAGAUUCUACUAAUUUUCAGAAUAGUGACAGUCUUGUGGAACGUUCAGGUUCAAAUAGAAAUAAAUCAGAAUGCUCAAAUCUGGUUACUUCUGUGAAACAUGUUGAUGCAGCAUCAAGUCCUAUGAUUUCCACCAAGAAACAAAAGCUAUCAGAAUCCCCUAAAAAGAUGCGCUCAUCCACACAAUCACCACAGUUGUCACCUUCUCCAUCUCCAUCAGUACUGCAAAAGUCACAGAUUCCUUCAAGCUCACCUAGUCCUACACAUCGUGUUGUCCAGUGGAUCAAAUCAGUGUCUUCUGAACAGGAACUUGCUAUAGGCUCAGAGUCUAGGAAGCAGGAUUCUUGUGGGCACCAUCUGUUGCAAGGCUCUGACAGUGUCUUAAUGACAGAUGCUGAGACAAAUACUGAACAUGACUCAGACUUUGAGAGGUUAGCAGAGGAAACCCAAACAAAGACUGAAAGUGAUGAGGAUGCAGAAAUACACUCUCCAAAACAAGCUGCCAUAUGUGAGCAGUUUGAAAUUAGUCAUUUUGACACAGCAACCAUGAAUCGGGAGUCUAUAUAUGAAAUGGAAGUGGAGAAGCAUUUAGAAUUCAUUAAAACAAAAGAUGGUUCUCGAUUGGCUGCAGAGGUUGACAAUGAUACCUUCAGUAGUGUUUCCUGUAGCAACAGAGACCCCGAUGAGCUGGACCGUGAUCAGAGUGAAUUGGAAUCUCUGCUUAUUCAGCAUACAAAGGUCCUAACUGAGUCUAAGCAGACAACCCAACUGGCACGCCAUCUUGCUCGAAAUCACAGUGCUAGAAAUACCUCACCGACUGCUUGUGAAGAUGAUGCCGAAGCUCUGGAGUUAUCAAGACCUUUGCUCAGUCGUAAGCCGGAUGGUGCUUCAAAUCCUAAUCUUCAUCAGAUUUUCAAUGAAGAGGAUUCUAUAAACAAAAUUAAUUUUAACAGCCUUCCAGGGAAGUCUGUGUUUGUCCAUGCCUGCCAUAAUGAUUCUACUACUGCACUUCAUACUACCUCAACAAAACCCUAUGCAACACUUGCUGAUGAUAAAAACAUUUCUCAUGACAUCAGUAUGCAGUCCUCUUAUGGUAGAGAAGAUUUCAGCAAACACCCUCUUCUUAGCAAGUCAUCCAUAACACAGAAACACAAUGAGCUUCCAAAACACUGUACAAACUGUCAGACAUGUACUGACUCCAGUCCAUCUUGCUCAAUUUACUGUGUGGCAAAACCCACACAUGUCAUAAAAGACUCAGUAAGUAACCAGCAGAAACAGUCAGUCAGUGGGAGAAAGUCAUAUGUGCCUUUGUCCAGCCCAACCGUUAGAAACAAACUUGCUAGUUCUGACAAAGCUAGUUGUUCUUCCUCCAGCACCACACACAGUCCACAGUCAUCAACCACUUCAAGUCCUCUCAUAUCAACCACAUCGAAAUCAUCUGCAGCAUCUCCAGUUCAAAAGGCCAGCUUCAAAUCACGAAAUGGAUCAAUCACUAAACUGCCUACCAUCUGCUCCUCCAGGACUUCAUCACCAUCAGCUAAAGACAACAAGUCUAAAAAGAAAGAAAAAGAAAAGGGCAGCAGUGGUCACACAAGUCUACUUUCAGAAAUUUUUCACAAAGGCAAGGGGAAUGAUUCAGACAGUGGUAAUGACAGUGGAAUUGUGGCUCAUGAAAAGAGAUUGCUCUCCCCUUAUGCCACAGUUACAAAGCCGCGAACUCCUAGUCAUUCUAGCAGUGGCCAUGGAAGUGAUAACAGCACAAUCAGUACAGAUGUUCAUCCUGAUAACUCCAGGAACUGUACGCUGAUGGAGAACAUCCAUGGGGGAACAAGCAGUGGGUAUGAGAGCAUGAUGCGGGAUAGUGAAGCUACUGGAUCUUCAUCCGGACAUGAUGACAGUAGCAGUGUGUCUUCUGCAGAGCAAAAGAAAGGAUCAAAACAAAAAGGAAAGAGAAGCAGAUCGGCUCCAGCCAACUCCCAGGAGAGCUCUACAGUUUCUAGUCAACCAAGUCAGGCUGGGAGCAAAUCUGCAGGACAUAAUCAUCAGAUCUGGGUAGAUACCAGGCAUUUGCAUAAAGUCAAAGAUGAGCCCUUGGAGCUGAAGAGAUACGAUCCCGAUGAGGUUGAGAGACUUGGAAGAAGACGGGCUGAGGAUGAGGUGAGUAAACAAAAGAGUAACACAAAAGUUGAGGAGGACAAAAGGGAACUCUCAUCUUCUCACGACAGAAUAGAGUUGGAACAAAAUAGCUGGUCAUUUGAUUGCAGGUUGUUCUUGUGCUUUUCUUGUAAAUCCCAACAAAGAGGAACAGAUGUUUAG